CUUAAAAAUGGCGCGGUCGUAUUUAGAAUUUCAGCAGAACACAACCGUUAAAAACAGAAAACAGUCUCGGUCAAUUUAAAAACUGCUUUAUAUGCUGUCAUUUCGCCUGUGCUAGCACUGUAGCUAGCACGCUAUGUAUUGUCGCUAAUAACGUUACGUGUUAGGCUGUGUCGCAAAACCUAGUUUGCUGACUACCUAGACAGCAUUUUCUGCAAAAAAAGUCGUGGUUUAAUAGAUAAAGCGUUUGGUAUUUAUACGGAGAGCAACAAUAGGCAGUCAACUGUCUGUUGGAUUCAGUUGCAGGUGUCUUAACUGAAUGCAUAACAUAUUGCAAAGAGAUUAUUCAGAUACAUAAGCGUUAUUGAAAUGAGGGAGCUUCAGGUGGACAAAAAGCAGACGAUUUACAGUGCUGGAAAGUAGAAGAGCUAAGCAAAUAUUGUUUGCUUCUUACGACAAUGUAUCGGAGUAUAACCACGCUAAUGUGUAAUUCCUUAUUGCAGCCGUAAUAAGGAGAACAGGGGGGCUAUACUGACAUGGAAACAGAGGAAGGACUUGCAGAACCAACAACUGAAGUCAAAGAUGCAAAUGCAGAGGAAAGCAAUGAGUCCACAGAAAGCACAGACGUUCAGAAUCAUGUCACAGAUGAAAACAUAGAGGAAGCGGUAACUGACAAUGAGGCUGAGUCUCCCGGAGACAUAGAGAAUCAACCUUGUGACUGGUUGGAGCCACUUGAUGAAGACUGUGACGAUGUGGAUUCCCUGAGCAUUGAUGGAGAAGUAGAGAGCCUUGCGGGCAGUGAAUGGAGCGGCAGUGUGGUCAGUGUUAGAAAAGCACUGGAGAGAAAGGUAGCAGAGGUGUCGGGAGACCGAGGAGGAGAGCACAAUGCGAGGUAGAUGAAGAAUGGGAAGAUUGGCCGUCUUUAGGGGAGGGAUGGAAACGCAAACAGGUUUUUCGUCGGUCAGGCACCAGUGAAGGACGCAGUGAUACAUACUACAUGAGCCGUUUGAACUGUCACUCUGAAGGCACCCAUUUGCUGCAGACGAUCCAUUGCCCAAAAGGUCAUAAAGUAAGAAGUAGGGUUGAGCUUGUGAAAUUAAUAAAUGAAUCUGUGGACAUCACACAUUUUGAUUUUAAGACUGGACAGUUUCUCGGUGAAGGGCCACGAAGAAGAAAGAGAAGGAAACUGGAUUCUCCCCUGGCACACUUUUCUGUACCCGGUUUUCCAAAUGAACUGGCAGACACGGGAACAGCUAGCACUCCGGGGUCUUCAGCUAGUCUUAGUUACGCUACAACUCCGAAGUUGAUGGCAUAUUCAAUCCAAACGGGUGCUGAUACGGUGACCACGCCAAAAUGCAGUACCUAUACUAGUCCUGAGAGCACUUUACCAAGUCCUGCCCCACAACAUACGGUGGAUCUGACUGAAGAUUCUGCAAAUCCAACUCCUCCUCCUCCUUCUUCUCCACCACCGAGCGGUUCAUUGUCUGUGGCCCCAGAUAGGCCCGUCAAUGGUGCCAGUGGAAAUCCACAAAAAUGUUUUGGUGUCUGCCUGAGAUGUAAUAAAACCUAUACUUUUGAAGAGGGACAAACUAUGUGCCAGAGUUGCAGGCUAGAGGGUAACACAGUAGUAAGACGAAGAAAACCCUACAAAAAGUGGGUUCCAUGUGGCCGAUGCCAGGCUUGCCAAAAUACAGUGGACUGUGGAAAAUGUGUUAGUUGUAGAAAUGGUCGGCUACGCCUUCGACUCAAUAUCCACUCUCGUAAAGUCAUUAAGUGUCGCAAACGAAAGUGCUUGCGCCCCAUACAUAAAGACAGGGCUGGAAAGGUAAAUGCAUCAGAGUGGCAGUUUCCAAACACAGACAGAUCACUAAGCACAGCUUCAAAUAUUUCACAAUCUCCCUUUUCAUUUCUUUUUCAGCCCUCAGUCUCAGAUGAUUUUGAGGAAUCACAGAGCUCCUAUCUGCAGUACAGUGACUCAGAGGAUCUGUCUGUGUUCUUUGGGGGUAAUGACGGGGACAUUGGCCUGGAUGAGAUGGGUGUACCAAAGGUACGUCGCCGUUCGUGUGGAAAGUGUAAAGGCUGCGUUCGACGCACAGACUGCGGAAGCUGCGAUUUUUGCAUGGACAAACCCAAGUUUGGAGGCAGAAAUAAAAAAAGACAGAAAUGCCGUCUACGACAGUGCCAAAGAGAGGCUAUGGUGGGCUUCCGUAGUAUCACUUUAAAUAAGCAUUUGCUGCCCAUGGAUGAAGCGGAGAUGCUCUUUUCUCAGGGCUGGGUUACACACGGCAGACCACGGUAUACAUAUGGACGUGGUAGACCCAGGUCCCAAAAGUUGUGGGAUUUUGAGGUCUCAGAUAACGAGGCUGAAUCGUAUGUGCCAAAGGCAUCCUCGGGUGUUUCCCAGGUGCCGAAUCGGAACAGGCUCCUUCAUCCCAAUUACAAUAGAAAGGCGUAUAUUUAUACCGAUGUCACUAACAGUCAUUUGAUGAACAACAUCCCACUCUACAAUCCACAGAAAGCUGAGAUGAGCUCUCAGUUGCACAUAGGACGGGUGGAGUUGAUCAAAGAAAAUGGGCUUCAAGGCAGUGGCAUCAGUAGCAGACCCUUUCUGUCUUUAAGACCAGAUAUUCUUCCUAUGGCAAUGCCACCACACUGCCCUAGAGGGAGUUUGAAGGAAAGGAAUCAAUCACAAGGUUCAGCAGGUCAAGGACCAUGUCAGGAGGAGCAACAGGAGGACGAGUCUUGUCCGUCGAUCACUCAGAUAUUCAGCAUGGCAGACAGUGACCCCACCAUCAAAGGCAUCGAUGUCAAUCAUGAACUGAUGCCUCUCCUGAGAUCUCUUCGUAGCAUGGUACUUCCUGUCCUCUGGUUCUGUGUCGUGGUGGAAGGCCCUCAGUUACAGCUGAUUCAGUGCUCUAAGCGCUCCACUAUGGCAGACACCACCAUUCACAUUGAGCCUAACUUCCACUACCACAUCAGCGUGCAGGGACAGCCGCUGCUGCCCACCCACAGACUCUACGACAACCACUCGUCUCUACUCACCACAGCAAAACAGAUUGUCGCCCUCCUCGAGGACCUAGAAAGUUACUCUGUCUGCCAGGGCUCAGGGCACAAGAAAUCCAUGACCGGGUCAGAGGCUGUGGUUCCUGAACGGGCGGCUACCUGUGACUUCCUCGUUUUUUCAAUAAAAGAACGCUGUGAAAAAUGCAAAAUACUACAAAAAGUAUAGACUAUUGAGCACAUUGGAAUUAGUCUUCAAGGAAUACAUUUUCAAUUUCCUAUUCUUUGAAUAUCUUUUGAUUCUAAUAUAAAAAUAUUAGAGCACUAUUUUUCUUUUUGUUUUCAGAAAGGUGCCAGCAUUACUUUGACUGAUUGAAUCAGUUUUUUGGUUACUUUAAUAUACAGAAGGACUAAUAUUACUUCUCGUAUUAACAGGAUGGUUUACCCAAAAAUAAAAAGGACAUCAUUGUUUACUUACCCUGGUGGUCUAAUGUUGUACGCCCUUCUUUAUGAACAACAACAAACCAAACAGCACCAGGGUGAGUAAAUAAUGACUUCAUGUUAGUUUUUGAAAGAACUGUCCUUUUAAUAAGUGACCAUGUCGAUGUUUUUGUUUUGUUUGUUUUGUACCCUAGAAUGUGACGUUUUGGUACCUACUAUGGCUAAGGAUGCUCAUGUAAAUGGAGGUAAUGAAUGGGCAUGUUUUACACAAUCGAGAAUUGCACAGUUAAACUGGACAGCUUGCCUUGCACUAAAGUUGUAAUAGUGCUCCACAUCCAUUUUUUGGUUUAAUUCCUCACACCAAUGAUAUCCGUACAUGUGUUAAUGCUUAUGUACUUCUCAGGGGGGAUUUUUCAGAGUGCAUUAAUCAGAUGGAAGAUCCAUGUUUGUUAAAGAUUUAAUAUUUGCUGUAUGAUAUGGGAUGUGGCUGCUUUUGUUUUGGAUCAACAAUUUUGUACAUAGUGCAAGUGGUGGCAGAGAAACUAGAUAAAAUAUAGUAAGAAUGUUUUUUUUUGUUUGUUUUUUUUAUAAAUCAUGUUUUUUGGUUACCAGAAUUUGUUUUCUCUAUUAUGAAACACUUUGAAUUGUGUUUGUAUGUGGUUUCAUAUAAAUAAUCUGAUUUAUUUCUGUUUAUUUAAUAAAUCAUAUUAUCCGUUGGA